AUGUCGGACAGUUCCGGAACUUCGGGCGGCGGAUUGGUGUUCUGCGGGGUGGUGUACGGCGUGAUUGUGGUGGGCGGGGUAAUGGUCGGCAGGGUGUUAGGUUGCGUGGUCCCGUUCGGCGGGGUGUUGUUCGGGGGGGCGUUGGGCAGGGGGGUGUUGUCGGUCGGGGUGUUGUUCGUCGGGGUGUUGUUCGGCGGGGUGUUGUUCCGCGGGUUGUUGUUCGACUGGUCCCUGGCCAUUCGUGGUCGUGUUGGCAGGAGAUCCCUGGGCAGGUCGCCAAACCUGCAUGCAUGGAAUAACGGCGGCGCUCUGGACGACGUGGCAGGGUGCACGCAUGCCUUUGCCCCUCCUGACUUUCCGGUGUCCGUGCCUUCUGGUUCGGGAUUGCACGUCGGCGUGACGCAGCAGUGCUCGUCGCGUCGGCUGAGAUGGCAUCCCGCGGACUGGUUCCCGCCAGCAGGCCGACCAACCCUCGGUCGGCCCGUGGAGAUUUGCCCGUCGACGAUGUUGGACGCGUGGAAUACCCGCCAUCCCCUCUCCGUUCCUCCCGCCGACUACGCCGAGGCCUCUCCCUCCCUCCCGCUGUCGCCUCUCUGUUCCUCCCGCCGUCGACUCUCCCUCCCUCCCGCCGUCGCCUCUCCCUCCUCCCCGCCGUCGCCCAUUCCUCCUCCCCGCUGUCGCCUCUCCCUCCUUCCCGCCGUCGCCCAUCCCUCCUCCCCGCCGUCGCCUCUCCCUCCUCCCCGCCGUCGCCUCUCCCUCCUCCCCGCCGUCGCCCAUCCCUCCUCUUCGCCGUCGCCUCUCCCUCCUCCCCGCCAUCGCCUCUCCCUCCUCCCCGCCGUCGCCCAUCCCUCCUCCCCGCCGUCGCCCAUCCCUCCUCCCCGCCGUCGCCUCUCCCUCCUCCCCGCCGUCGCCUCUCCCUCCUCCCCGCCGUCGCCUCUCCCUCCUCCCCGCCGUCGCCUCUCCCUCCUCCCUGCCAUCACCUCUCCCUCCGCCUCGCGGUCGUCUUUCCCUCCCAUCUGCCGUCGCCGCUCCCCCCCAUCCGCCGUCGCCGCUCCCUCCUCCCGCCGUCGCCGCUCCCUCCCAUCCCGCCGUCGCCUCUCCUUCGCAUCCCGCCGUCGCCUCUCUCUCCCAUCCCGCCGUCGCCUCCCUCCCAUCCCGCCGUCGCCUCCCUCCCAUCCCGCCGUCGCCUCCCUCCCAUCCCGCCGUCGCCUCCCUCCCAUCCCGCCGUCGCCUCCCUCCCAUCCCGCCGUCGCCUCCCUCCCAUCCCGCCGUCGCCUCCCUCCCAUCCCGCCGCCGACUCUGUCGACAGGUCACGAGCAAGCUGGUGCACGAGUGGGAGCCGGUGCGCGAGCGCAGGUUUGA